CUCCCCCUCCCCCACCCCUGCCGGGGGACCCAGCGCCUGGGGGGCUUCUUCGGCUCCUUCUCCUCGCCCGAUUCCCGGCUGCCCGCCGGGGCCUGGCGCCCUCCUUGCCGGUGCCGCUGGAACCUGGAUCCGGGGGACCCCCGGCCGUUGCUGCUAACCUUCCGGGGCCUGGCGCUGGGGCCGGGGGACCUGCUGGAGGUGCGGGAGGGGGGCGGGGUGGGGGAGGAGUUGGGCGGGGGCCGGUUGCUAGGCAGCUUGAGCGGCCGGGGGGCGUCCCGUCUGCUGGUCGCCUCGGGGUCGGCUUGGGUGGGGUACAUCUCGGGGGGCGGGUGGGGCACUGGCGGGUUCAACGCCACCUACCAGGUGAGGGGCUACUGCCUUCCCGGGGAGCUCCCGUGCCGCGAUGGGGGCGCUCCGGCCUGCUUCGAGCCUGGCCAGCGGUGCGAUGGGCGCUGGGACUGCGAGGAGGGGGCCGACGAGGAGGGGUGCGGGGGCUGCCCCGCCGGGCGCUACCCCUGCGGGGGCGGGGGUGGGGGUGGGGGAGCCUGCUACGGCGCCGCCGACCGCUGCAACUACCAGACCUACUGCCCGGGCGGGGCGGACGAGCGGGGCUGCCGGAGGUGCCGCAGGGGCACCUUCCGCUGCGCCGAUGGGCGCUGCAUCUUCGAGGCCUGGGUCUGCGACGGGCAGCCGGACUGCGCCGACGCCAGCGACGAGAGGGACUGCGCCCGGCGGCGCCCCCUGCCCCGCAAGGUGGCCACCGCAGCCGCGGUGGGCAGCCUGGUCUGCGGCCUCCUCCUGGUGGUGGCCCUCGGCUGCACCUGCAAACUCUACUCGCUCCGGACCGGACACUACAGGUUGCUGACCCCUCUGGCCCACCUCGAGGCUGCCCAGCGUCGGGCUCCCCCCUCCUACGGGGAGCUAAUCGCUCAGGGAGCCAUUCCGCCCGUCGAAGACUUUCCCACUGAGAACCCCAACGAUACCUCGGUCAUCGGGAACAUCCGCUCGAUCCUCCAGCUGCUCCGUCAGGAACCCCCUCACCGGCCUUCCCGCCGCAGCCGGCGCCGGAGCCGCUUCAUGCGCCGCUUGUUCCGCCGCAUCCGCCGGAUUCGCCUCUGCUCCCUCCUGAGACCCUCCUCCGCCCGGGGGCCUCGCCCGGCCGAGCCGGCUGUGGGCCAGGGUCCCGCGGGGUCUGCCCCAACCCCCGCCACCCCCGCCCUCCCGCUCCCUCGCAAGUUCCCUCUCCUGGACGGCGCCCCUCGCCCCACCGCCCCCUCAGCGGAGGGCCCCUCCCCCGACCCGGACCCCUCGUGGGCGAGGUCCGGCCGCCAGGCCGAGGUCUCAGCCGGCGAUGUCCUCCUGCUGCCCCUCGGUGACCCCUCCCCCGGGGAGGUCGCCCACGACGACCGGGAAGCGCUGCUCUGUUGA